AUGUUGAAAAAUAAAAAAAUGAUAUCACUGAUCAAAUUGCUAAGAUUGUUGAGGAAAAGAAAAAAUAAAUAGAAAGCAAUCAAAAUUAAUAAUCUAAUAACACUACUAAUACUGAAAAUUAAAAAUCAGAAAGUCGUGUAUUUAAGAAAGUUCACUAUAUUUCUGAUGGAAUGGAAAUUGAAGAAUAAUAUGAUAGCACAAAUCCUAAGAAUUGCUAUAAGAUAAUUAGAAAAUAAGGUGAAGCUCCUCAAAUAAUAAGCGGUGAAUAAUAAAAAGCUUAAAUCGAAUAAAAUAAAACUGAAGAAUCCUAAUAAGUAUUAAAGUAGAAGCUAGGAAAUGGACUUGAUGAAAAAUUAGAAUAGCUUUGUAGAAUGA